UAUGAAUGUCAAAAGAUUUCUGCCUUUCAACUUAUAUCAAUUAACGAGAGUAGUUAGCCAGCUAUGUUUGUAAACAAUAUUUCCUUGUGAUCUGUUAAAGUUAAUCGAUAUUUUUAUGCAGCUACAGCUUCACCGGGUCAAGAAGAGAGUCACCACCUCAGAGAGAGCGGGGCUGGAGGCGGGACUGUCGUCAGGACAGCUUCCGUCCCAUGACAACGGUUGCUAUGGUGACGACUACGCCUUCCCAUUGGCCACUGCCAAGCAUAUUGCGGUUCCCUUGGCGGGCGUCAUUGGCUAGCGUUCUGCAGUGCGCAGGCGCAGGGCUGUCGAGGGCCGUAAGUGAAGUGUCGCAAAGCAGAAGAAGGCGGGAGUCCCGAUUGCAAACAUUGAGAAAACAGGCUGUGGAGGCUGUUAUGGCGGAUUCUCCGUGCGCCGAGAUUCGUGAGAAAUUCCAGGCUGCGCUGGCCUUGUCGCGGGUAGAACUGCACAGAAACCCAGAGAAGGAACCGUACAAGUCCAAAUACAGCGCCCGGGCGCUGCUGGAAGAGGUCAAGGCGCUGUUGGGCCCUGCACCUGAAGACGAGGAUGAGCGACCUCCGACCGAUGACAGCUUUGGCGCGGGGGACCACACCUUGGGACUGCCGGCUGAAUUGGUGGCGGCCGAGGGGCCCGUCGCCCGGGGGUCAGUGAGGCGGGCGGUUAUUGAGUUCCAUCUCGGGGUGAACCACAUCGACACGGAGGAGCUGUCGGCGGGGGAGGAGCAUCUGGUGAAAUGCCUGAGGCUACUGCGCAAGUACAGACUGUCGCAAGACUGCGUCUCCCUCUACAUCCAGGCGCAGAAUAACCUGGGUAUCUUGUGGUCUGAAAGAGAAGAAAUUGAAACUGCACAAGCUUAUCUAGAAUCAUCAGAAGCUCUAUAUAAUCAGUAUAUGAAAGAGAUUGGGAGUCCUCCUCUUGAUCCUACUGAGCAUUUUCUUCCUGAAGAAGAGAAACUUGCUGAACAAGAGAGAUCAAAAAGAUUUGAGAAGGUUUAUACUCAUAACCUGUAUUACCUGGCUCAAGUCUACCAGCAUAUGGAAAUGUUUGAGAAGGCUGCCCAUUAUUGCCAUAGUACCCUAAAACGCCAGCUGGAGCACAAUGCCUACCAUCCUAUGGAGUGGGCUAUUAAUGCUGCUACCUUGUCGCAGUUCUACAUCAAUAAGCAAUGCUUUAUGGAGGCCAGGCACUGUUUAUCAGCUGCUAAUGUCAUUUUUGGUCAAACUGGAAAGAUCCGAACCACAGAAGACACUACUGAAGCUGAAGGAGAUGUGCCAGAGCUUUAUCACCAAAGAAAAGGGGAAAUAGCAAGAUGCUGGAUCAAAUACUGUUUGACUCUCAUGCAGAAUGCCCAACUUUCCAUGCAGGACAACAUAGGAGAGCUGGAUCCUGAUAAACAAUCUGAACUUAGAGCUUUAAGGAAAAAAGAACUAGAUGAGGAAGAAAGCAUCAGGAAAAAAGCUGUGCAGUUUGGAACUGGUGAACUGUGUGAUGCCAUCUCUGCAGUGGAAGAGAAAGUGAGCUCUUUGCGACCUUUAGAUUUUGAAGAAGCCAGAGAGCUUUUCUUAAUGGGUCAGCAUUAUGUCUUUGAGGCAAAAGAGUUCUUUCAGAUUGAUGGUUAUGUCACUGACCAUAUUGAAAUUGUCCAAGACCACAGUGCUCUGUUUAAGGUGCUUGCAUUCUUUGAAACUGACAUGGAGAGACGGUGCAAGAUGCAUAAACGCAGAAUAGCUAUGCUAGAGCCCUUAACUGUGGACCUGAAUCCACAGUAUUAUCUAUUGGUCAACAGACAGAUUCAGUUUGAAAUUGCACAUGCUUACUAUGAUAUGAUGGAUUUGAAGGUUGCCAUAGCUGACAAGCUGAGGGAUCCUGAUUCACACAUCGUGAAAAAAAUAAAUAGUCUUAAUAAGUCAGCAUUGAAGUACUACCAGCUCUUCUUAGACUCCCUGAGAGACCCAAAUAAAGUAUUUCCUGAGCAUAUAGGGGAAGAUGUUCUUCGCCCUGCCAUGUUAGCGAAGUUUCGAGUUGCCCGUCUCUACGGGAAAAUCAUCACUGCAGAUCCCAAGAAAGAGCUAGAAAAUUUGGCAACAUCAUUGGAACAUUACAAAUUUAUUGUUGAUUACUGUGAAAAGCAUCCUGAAGCUGCCCAGGAAAUAGAAGUUGAGCUAGAACUUAGUAAAGAGAUGGUGAGUCUUCUUCCAACAAAAAUGGAGAGGUUCAGAACCAAGAUGGCCCUGACUUAAUAGUCCUUGCUUUUAAUGAGAGAAAAUGUGCAAUGUUGAAGAGAUUUUUUUCCCAUUAGUCAAACAAGCCCAGUUCAAUUGUGGUGUUUACUUUAAUAGCCAGAUGAAUGCUGUUUGAACUUGAGAUAGACCAAUUGAAUCUUUGCUAGGAUCUUAAUAAUUUAUACCUAAUUAUGUAAAUAAAUUGCCUUGUUAAAGUGAUGUGAUUGGUAUUUUAGAUUGCUUGUUUCCUAUUUGAAUAUAAACUUCUUCUGCCUCAUUUUCUAAAAUAGGUUCUUUGUUGGCUAAUACUUGAUGGAUUCAUUAAGAGGAAAAAUGCUCGGUAAUACAUCUGGUGGGCAAGCUGUUACUGUAUUAAAACUGAAAAAGUAACUUCUUAUAGUUAUUCUUCCCAAAAUACUUACUUUCCUAAAUUCCCAAAGAAAUCUUUCCCUUCUGAAAUACUAAAAAACUAAGUUAUGUUGUAAAGUAUUGUAGUUUGUUUCAUUAUAGAGGAAAAAGGACUUGUUGAAAAUAUAGUAAAUUGACUUGUGUCA